ACGCCGGAGGAGGUCAUCAACGGUUCUUAAGUGAAGCCGCUUCCGAACCGAGGACAUUUUCAAAUCUCUGGACCACUUGUGAACUUACUGUUGCUACUUUCUUCUCAAGUCGCAUCCGGUCAUGGAGGCCAGAGCGCCAGAAGCGGGUGUUCCCCUCGCCGACCGUGACGCGGUCCACUGACAGCAUGGGGCCCGAGAGAGCUCACGCCCAGAGCAGCUUCUUCAACAAGGCGGACGUGCCCGACCACGCGCACUAUGUGGUGGCCGUGUUCGUCCUGGUCAUCGGCACGCUGGGCGUCGCGGGCAACGCGCUGGUCAUGUUUGCAUUCUACAGCAAUAAAAAGCUUCGCAGCCUGCCCAACUACUUCAUCAUGAACCUGGCUGUCAGCGACUUCCUUAUGGCCUUCACGCAGUCGCCCAUUUUCUUCAUCAACUGCCUGUACAAGGAAUGGGUGUUUGGAGAGAUGGGUUGUAAGAUGUACGCGUUCUGCGGCGCCCUGUUCGGCAUCGCCUCCAUGAUAAGCUUGUUGGCCAUCUCCAUCGACCGCUACCUGGUGAUCACCAAGCCGCUGCAGGCAAUCCACUGGAGCUCCAAAAGAAGGACCACCCUGGCCAUCGUCUCUGUCUGGCUCUACUCGCUGGCCUGGAGUCUGGCUCCUCUCGUUGGAUGGAGCUCUUACAUCCCAGAGGGCCUGAUGACAUCGUGCACUUGGGAUUACGUCACAUACACAGCGGCCAACAGGAGCUACACCAUGAUGCUGUGCUGCUUUGUCUUCUUCAUCCCGCUCCUCAUCAUUUUCUACUGCUACCUCUUCAUGUUUCUGGCUGUCAGGAAAACCAGCAGGGAAGUGGAGAGACUGGGCACCCAAGUGAGGAAAUCCACGUUAAUCCAGCAGAAAUCCAUCAGGAGCGAAUGGAAGCUGGCCAAGAUCGCCUUUGUGGUCAUUGUGGUUUAUGUCCUCUCCUGGUCGCCGUACGCCUGCGUCACCCUCAUUUCAUGGGCCGGCCAUGCCAACAUCUUAUCGCCAUACUCCAAGGCUGUUCCUGCUAUCAUAGCAAAGGCCUCCACAAUCUACAACCCUUUCAUCUAUGCCAUCAUUCAUAAUAAAUACAGGAUGACUCUGGCAGAGAUGUUUCCCUGCUUGUGGUUUCUGUCCCCCACUCCUCGAAAGGAGUGCAUCUCCUCCUCGUCCAUCAGCGAGUCCUCCUUCCGGGAUUCCAUCAUCAGUCGCCAGUCCACCGCUUCCAGGAAGCACUUCAUCAGCGCGUCCUCCAAACCCACUGACAUGGUUCUGAGGGACGUGGAGAUGGAGCCUCUGGGCAGGAAGUCGGGCGCUUCUUUCAGGAGCAUGUCGUCCUACCAUCAGUCCAGCAGAAGCAGUUCCUACAGGAGGCCCUCGGAGCGGAAGACCACCCAUAAAGUGGAGAAGCAUCCAUCAACCAUGAUUGAGUCAUCCAGCAACUGUGAGCAUGAACUGCUCUCUAGCACUCUCACCAGCGCCACUCUCCCCCUACUAGUUCUUACCAGGAGGCGUAGUCGCAGUCUGACCCACAAAGACUCGGAGAGGGACAAAACCGUUCCCGACAGGCCGCAAGGCUGCAAGAGCAAUUCGGCCGACUCCCUGUGCGUCGGACGAGCCUCGACCGCAGCGCCGCCCACGUUGCAGCAGCAGCAGGCCGUCCCCCGAAUUGUGGUCAUCAGCCCCACGUCCGAGAGCAGACUGGUCCAGCAGGACAGCCUCUGCUUGGAGGAGGCGAUGGCAAACAACAUUUUGAUUAGUCUGAACUUCUCGUCUGAGGUGUUGGCGGCAGUGGAGUUGUUAUCCUGACCUUUUGGAGGAUCGCUUCCGCUCUUCUCCCCCCUCAAAGUUGAGUCGCUGCUACGGACAACAUUUUUCCAAAGGUUUCAUCCUUCUUGUUGUCUGCGGAGUACAAUCGUUCAGUGAUUUGUUGUACCCAACUGACUUUGGGAAAAAGGCGUACAUUCCCCUGAGCUCCAAAUCUUCAACCCCGAACUAAUUGCCAGUGGUGGUCUCGGUGAUUGGGCAGAAAUCCAUCCCAUGCCAAGUCAGCUAUGUGAAAGAAAACACAACAAAUGAAGAAAAAAGGCAAUCAAAUCUACGGGUACUGAUAAAUAGGCCCUCACGCACGUGGACUGGAUGGAAAUGUACAGUGUUUGAGGGAAAUUAUAAAGUGAUUUCAGUGAUUGGUUUCUAAAUGCAUUGUUUCGACAUACGUGCUGAUCAAAUGUGCAAAGACUGAAAACAAUUUAGUCAUGAAUUGUUGAGAAAUAGCGUCAAACUCUUUUUCAUCAAGUCAGUUGUCCGGAUUUUUGGGGCGUGGCUAAAAUCAAGUCCAAGUACACUCUUGGGCUUUCUCAGAAUCAGAAUCAGAAUCAGAAUCAUCUUUAUUUGCCAAGUAUGUCCAAAACACACAAGGAAUUUGUCUCCGGUAGUUGGAGCCGCUCUAGUACAACAAACAGUCAAUUUACAGAACACUUUGGGGACAUAAAGACAUUGACAAAAAACAAUUGUGCAAAAAGAUGCAGAGUCCUCUAGCACUUAGAGCAGUUCGAACGACUAAUAUUGCAAUAGUCCGGUGCAAUGACCAUUGUGCAAAGGGCGCUGAGACUUAAAGGAGUGUAUGCGGUUUAAAGUGACGAGUAGUGCGAUCAUCUGGGACAAUGUCGGUUGUGCAAAUGUUACAGAUACUCCUCAAUCA